UGAUCGGGUCAAGGGCGGGACUUGUCGGUCGGAAUACUAGUGUUAAGAAAAAACAUAACUCGUACUCGUGCAGGACCCUUGAUUACUCAUUCCGUCCAGGUACAGCGGAAGCCAACCGACCCGAGGUGCUCCGCUCCCGCUAUUCUAAUUCUUGUAUGUGUGCGCCAGAUUAUCGGUUCAUUUUCUAGCAACGUUAUCGCGCCUCUUGCAGCAGCCGCGGGUGUGCAGCCUCACAGGGAAUUUUAGGAGUAGGAAUGCGUAUUAAAUCUUGUGUUUCAGUGCACUCGCGGGGAGAAGUGAUGCAUUGAGGACGAGCUGCUUUGCGGGCGUCUUUUUUCCGAGCUCCAUUACACGAACGACGAACCAUCACAAUGGCUACUCUUUUGAGAAAAAUCGGGCUCAUUCGACUGCACGACCGAGACACGGAGGACCCGAAGCAUCACCACCAGGGCUCAUUGAAAGGGACCAAAGGCAACCAGAAAAACAACAACACGAAGCACUGCAACACCAGCAACGAGACCAACAACAUCCUCAGCACGCCCGAAAUCAAAGCCAGGCGCUUCGACGUGUCCGGCAAGGACAAGCCAGCCGUCAAACAGGACAAACCGAGCAAGGACACGAAAGAGAAGCAGCUAACGGCUGGCAGUAAGGCGACGAGCGGCUCCGUGAUGCCUCCGCCGGCGGCGAACCGACAGCACUGCACCCAGGUGCGGACGCGGAGGCUGAUGAAGGAGUUGCAGGAGAUCCGGCGGCUCGGCGACAACUUCAUCACGGUGGAGCUGGCGGACGAUAACCUCUUUGACUGGAAUGUCAAGCUGCACCAGGUGGACAAGGACUCCGCGCUGUGGCAAGACAUGAAGGAGACCAACACCGAGUACAUACUGCUGAAUGUCACCUUCCCCGACAAUUUCCCUUUCUCUCCGCCGUUCAUGCGCGUCCUCACGCCGCGGCUGGAGAACGGAUACGUGCUGGACGGCGGCGCGAUCUGCAUGGAGUUAUUAACGCCUCGCGGCUGGUCGAGCGCAUACACCGUCGAGGCCGUGAUGAGGCAGUUCGCUGCCAGUCUGGUGAAAGGACAGGGUCGUAUCUGCAGGAAAGCGGGCAAGUCUAAGAAGGCCUUUAGUCGCAAGGAAGCUGAGGCGACCUUCAAGAGCCUCGUCAAGACCCACGAGAAGUACGGCUGGGUGUCCCCUCCCGUGUCCGACGGCUGAUGUCAGCAUCUUCGAUGGCUUAUUUCAGUUGGGUUUUCUUCUUUUUCAUCAUCAAACUUAACUAGCGCAUCAUAUCUUACACAACAACGUGGCACAUUCACCAUCACCCCGUCCUUCACUCGUCUUCAUCGAGGUGCCAUGGAUCUGACACUCGCUGCGACAUCACAAUUACUCAUGAGUGGGCGUCACUGCAGCUACAUACAGCUAUGGACUCUGGAUAUUAUUGAGGCUCCAAACAAAGUUAAAUGUGCACCAAUCCCACACCCUCACUCUAUAUCCUCGUUUAUCCGUCCGUUUUGCUUAUUUUCUUCGCCAUCCAUUCCAAUCCCUCUUUCCUUUUAUAGCUGACAAUGCAUUGCACUGAACAGCAUCAGACUUGCCCCCUUUUACAUGCAAAUGACUUUAACACUUAAUAGAUAAGCAGAUCAUUACACUACAUGAGGUUCGGUUUUUCUGGUUUCCUCCUCAUCGGCUGUGCUGUUUUUCACAGUUGGAUGCAACAUGAUGAUUGUAAUUUAUGUAGAGCUGUGCUCUUUCUUUUCCUCUGUACGCGUGGCAAAAUGUAGACAUCACUGUGUUGCGUAGCUGGUCAUUGAUUUCCAAUGGGGAAAAAAUACUCUAGGUCUUUGUUCAGACAGGCAGCAAAUAUCUGAUUUUUCAAAUUCAAUUGCUUUUUGAAGUCUGACCAGAAAAAAAAAAGAGAUGAAAAUCCAGUUUACAAACCCAUAUGUGUUCAAAUACAAUGAGAAAGUCUGGCUUCAUGCUAAUGCUUACAUCAAUACAAUGGCAACCAACAUAAUCUGAACAAACACCAGAUUUCAUUACUUAGAAAACAACAGGACUGCCCGUCCUACAGAUCGGAUUUGAAAAAUCAGUCAAGUCAAGUCUUCAUUGCUUAUGCAGAGGUCAAAGAAAAUAUAUGUGAACCACCUCUAUUGGUCAUUCUAUUAUUUGUUUUUGGAGAAGACCAAAAGCUCUUAAUUCUGAUGAUUUAGAUACCAGAUGGCAUUAACGAAUGUCGACGUCCCAAUGGGAUCUUAGUAUUGGCGACAGAGAGAGGCAUGUGACAGACAUGGUGAGAUGUUGAGUGUUCAUCGUGGCAUCUGUCCCCAUGGAGCUCUGAGGGACAGGACAAUGCCGACUGAGACAACAUGGUGAAUUACGGUAACUUGGCACCUUCACAUGCCGAUGCCCCAAACACGAUCAAACAUUAAUUGUGCUGAUUCGCUCGUACUAUUUUGGCUCAUCGAUUGAUACGUUCGUGGUUGUGGGCCCUGAUUCAUCCGCCUUUCACUGACUCUGCAUCACUGUGCUGUGUGCUUGAUCAAUACUAGACUAGAACAACAGCAAACAAGACAAAAUGGCCGACAGCCCUGGAUAUAAGUUCUCAUGACUGUAAACAUCGCUCUCGAACUACGUAAAUAAACGCACAUCUCAGUUAUGACUUAAAACUUGGACUGGUUUUAAGCUGUUGACAAGAGUCAAAUGAAGAAGGACAGAGGUGGAGAGGGAGAGAGACGCUGAGGGGGCGACGACUUUGUUCAGAAACCUUGAGGAAUGAGGACGGCUCAUUGAUGCACCGAGAGAGCUGAAGCUCGACACCUUGAUGUUUAUUGACUUCUCCUUCAAAUGUCAGCGUGAAUCCAGAACGGCUCAGACCGCAACUUGUGAGCGAUGAGAUGAGUGUUUAUUUAAGACCCCACCCCACCCAUUGUGCUCUUCAUACGGUAUGUGAAAUACAAAUGACACAUCAUGGGUGUUGUUGACAUAUGAAGAUUCUGUCAUUUUCUCGCCUUAUAUUCUUUCUUCAGUGAAACACUAAAGGAAAAAUACUGAAGUGGGUACUGGCUGCUCUUUUCCAUUAAAUUGUCGAUCUCGAAAAUAGUCUUUCGAAGCCAUACAAUACGUUUAUGAGAGCAAAGGCCUUGGUUAAGAACUAAGAAAGUAUUGCGCUUCACUGCCCGUUUCCAUUCAAAUAUUGGCACAUUUAAACUCCACGAGUCAAAUUUGAUGUCACUGACAUGAUAAAUCCUGAUUUUGAAAUUUGAAUAUGUGGAAAUGAGGCGUAUGAGGAGAUGAACAUUAUACAAGAUCCCACUUCUAUUGGGAUUUUGUUGGCCACCCAAAGUUACUAGUCUUCAGAAGACUAAAAUAUAGCAUUCGCAACUGUUGACCAACACUAUUAUACUUUAUGGUGAUUUAUGUUUGUCUUUUUUUGGAGCUUGACAGCCCAAAACAUGGAGAACCACCACCUACAGAAGAAUGUCGGAUGUCAGUCAUACUGGUUUGGAAUGACAUUAGGGUGUGUAAAUGAUGAAGGAACUGUCAUUUUUGGGUGAAAAUAAAGGUUUGAAAAAGUCCACCCUCAAGACAUUGUUAUGAGAUGCUGUUUCAUAUGAUAUUUUGAAGGUAGUCUUCUCCUGACAUUAUGUGCCAAAUGCUUCAUGUACUUUGUCACCAUUUCCUUGUGUGUUUUCCUGUGUGUAACUGCUGCGCUCUCAGUAGAAAGACUGUGUGCUAUUACUGACGAUUUCAAAUGUUAGACGAGAAGCUGCUAAUUAAUUUAAAACGAGGACGAAGACGCUGAUGUAUAAAUGAUAAAAUAGCAAAUGCUGAUGCCCUGAAGGAGGGAGGCGGCGAAACAACACUGUUGAUCCGUUACUGAUAUAUUUAUUUCUGUCUAGUAGCUUUUUGUGUUAUUGAUAUUAAGGUUCUCUAACGUGUAGUGCUUCAAUCCGGUGGAAAGCACUACACUUUGCUGUAUACGAUGAUCAUUUUAUCCUGGUCGUCGAAAUAAACAAAAAAAAAACACGCUGGUUACUGGACAAGCUGUAAUUCAUGUUCGUAUCACUGCAGUGAUUGUAAAAAAAUGCGUAAACCCUCGUGGUUGGCUUAUUGCAGAUUUCUGUCUAGUCGCAGAUGGUAUCUCUUAUCAUUACUGAAGUGCAUUUGGUCUUCUCCAGACACUGUUUGGACAUUAUUGAGAAGUGGUCGUGUGUUUUCCUAUUUAGCGAGAGGAGAUACUAUACCAAGGACUUAUUAUAACCAGUCAAAAAUAUCGCGAAAUUGGAUGUUUUCCGGUUUAAAGCAUAAUUUUGUGAUAUAGUUUAGAUCAGUAGUUUGCAGAAACUAACUAACAGAGUUAAUCGUCCAAAUGAGUGAGAUGAUUCUGUUGUAUUAUAUCUGCAUGUGGUCUGUGAUUGUUAGCUAGCUAACUUGUUUUCUUUUUCUUUCUUUUUUUUUUUUUUUUAAAAAAGCAAGAAAGUAAUGAAAAAGAGCAGAAGCCGCUUCUUUGUAUUUCUUUUCCCUCCGUUGGUUCGGUUUGUCCUAAUUUUCUUUAUUAAUGUCCUUAAAUGUCAAAUUGUGUUCUGUGAAUGUGUUUUAAUUUAUUUGUAGUUUGCCAAAAUGAAGAUUUUGAAGCAUGUUGCAGGCAUUGUCACUGAUGAUAAAAAGAGAAAGAAAAAUAAAUGAAAAAAUAUAA